AUGUCGUCUCUUGCCACCACAACGACGGCAGCGGCGCCAUUUUACCCCUUGUCGGACGUCAACCACUCAGGACUCGUUGUGUUGGCAGCCGUUAUCUUCCUCAUUUACGCCGUUCUCGGUGUCGGCGCAAAGCUAAUCAUCCGCUUCAACAUCACCUCGAUCAAGUCCCACGACGUUAUCCUGUUGGUGGGAGCACUGCUGUAUUUUGUCCAAACGGUCUGCAUCAUUGUCGCCUGCAACAGAGGUAUCGGUCUGCACCAGGAUACCGUUUCUGCCCAUGACUACAAUCAAGUCGGAAAGCUUAUUUACUGCUCUCGCAUCCUGGCCAUCAUCAUUGAGGCCUGCACAAAAAUCUCGCUCUGCCUUCUGGUCCGCCAAAUUAACCAUACGGGCCUCUUGAAGACGGCUAACCAUAUUCUGGGCGCCUUCAUCGCUGUCUGGGCCGUCAGCGGCUCCAUCGCCACCAUCUUUCAAUGCCACCUGCCCAGGCCCUGGCUGGCCCUGAGCAAAGAGCAGUGCCCGAGUCGCGGUCCAAUCUACAUGUACAACGGCAUCAUCAACAUUCUGACUGAUAUUGCGCUCUGCAUCCUGCCCAUCGGAAUGAUGUGGGGGGUGCACACGACGCCGAAGCGCAAGAUCGUCGUUGUCGCCCUAUUUGGCACCCGUAUCAUUGUCCCCGCCGUGACGAUCCCCAGUCUCUCCACUGCUGCAUAUCUGUACGACAAUUAUGCCGACUCUACUUGGCACAUCGUCCCCAGCCUCAUCUGGCUUCAAAUCUCGCUCGGCCUCUCCAUCCUGACAGCCUGCAUCCCCAGCCUGAAGGGCAUCGCCGACAGUCUGCUGGGUGCAACUGCUGUGUCAGCUGUGCAGGCGCCUUACAAUCUGCGCACCAACAACAAGACCACCGGCAUCGAGCUGACAUCACUUCGCGAGCCCGGUAGCACCAAGCACAGCUCAACCUGGGCUGCUGCCCGCGACGUGUCAAGCACACAGAGAGGCAGGUCCGGCCCCGCAAGUGGAGCAGAGAGCGUCCGCGGACUGACAGACGGCGUCGUUCACGUGUAUGACGAGAUCGAUGUGCAGUUCGAAGACAACAAGCGCACAUCGGCCUCGCACGACGGUUCGAUUGAAUCGGCCGUCUCAGAGUACCAUCAACAUGUCUAG